AGUUGAAGUGUUCAACAAUCUUCGUAUGAAUUCAAUUUUCAUAUAAAGUAUAAAAAGAUAUCAUUUAACAUAAUACAAUAUAUCCCUUGUAUAUUUUACUAGAAUUGUAUUCUCUAGAUUCUUAUUGAAAAUAUGAAACUAAAUAUAUUUUUUGAUCAUUUCAUAGCUAUAUAACGGAAUAAUAAUUAUGGACGAUCCAAGUCUAUGGACGAUAGAAGUCUUCAGUACUAUUUUUAUAGUUAUUUAUCAUUUAAUGAUCGCAUUUUACAAUAAUCAUUAUGGACAAUUAAUUAUCGACAGUAAUUUCGGCAUAUUUAACGAACUGUAAGUUCAAAAAAUUAGUAUUAUUACUUACAUCUAUAUCGUUUAGAUAAUUCAUAUUUUAUUAAUAUGUAAUACUAAAAAUAUAACGAUAUUACUGGAUAUUAAAUGAUAGAAUGAUAUGCAGAUAUGCUUCUACAUGUUAUCGUAUACCCUUAAAAGCGCAGAAACUUUUAUUGUUUUGAUUGAAACUUCAAUGGAUUGUGAGUUAUGUCUUUCUGGUUUAUUCAUUCCGUCUUAUGCAGACUUUACGUCGGUAAUUUCUCUUCUAUUUUUCUUAUACAACAUGAUUUUGAAUUUCAACACUUUUAACUAUUGUAACAUUGCAGAUGAUGAGUUCGUUCUUCUUCUAUUGUGCUGUUAUAUACUCAAUUCAAUAAAUAUAAUAAUAAAUAUAAUUUAACAUUACAGAAAGAAUAGUAUCGUGAGUAAUUCACGAUUGUAAGAUUACUAACAGAAAUCCUCUCCAUUAUUUUCAAAUUGAAAAAAGACACGGAAAUAUAUGAAUGAAAAUCUAUUAUGAAGUAAAUAUCAGUAAUGAAUGCGAAGAAAAUCCAUCGAAUGCAAUUUACUAUAAUUUUCACGUUUAAUAAUCUAUAAGUACAGAAAAAGUACAUUAUAGAAUUUGAGAUCGAGAAACAAUAAUGUAAAUAAUAUAUUGAACCGAGCUAUAGACGGAUGAUUCUUCGAAUUUUACGUGACAGUUAAUAUCUGGCAAGAACGAUGAACGUGUUCGACAAUCAGUAUCGUACUUAUCGUAUUAUAUUGAAAAUUUUAAGACUAUGGCCAUAUGAUAACUCAAUCUACAUAUGGAUUCAAAGAAUAUGUAUAUUAAUGUAUUUUCUUAUCGGUAUAAUAUUUCAGAUUUUCAUGCUUGUAAAAUCUGAAAUUUCGUUACGAAAUUGCAUUGUCAUGUUGUCUGAGACUUUUCCUAUAUUGCUAUGUUUUUUACGAUAUCUUCAUUGCAUUACACAAUUUUCAUACACAAAAGUUUUGUUCAAUGACAUACGUACAGAAGAACAUUUGUUACACGAUUCGAUAGAAAAACACAUACAAACGAAAUAUCUGGAUAUUUCCAGUCAUAUCAUCGACAUUUUUUGCUGGAUGACUUUUAUUUGCAUUGUAGCGACAACUAUAUUUACACUAAAUCCCGUAACUUUGGAUUUAAUAAUGCCUUUGAAUAAAUCUCGCAUUCAUUAUAUGUAUUUCAAAUUUCUUUCCAACGAUCGAAGAACAUAUAUUGAUGUUUUUAUGGUUUUAAAUUUGAUAAUAAUUCUGAUAUUUGGAUUAUUAUCUGUAACAUGUACAGAAUCGUUAACUAAUAUUUUGAGUUACUAUAUAUGCAGACAAUUUCGUAUUGUCAGUUAUCGAUUACGAAAGAUCAUUGAAGAUCUCAGUAUGCCUAAUCUGGCUAAGAUAGACUUGAAACUUAGGGACAUACAUCGCGUAGUGGACAUUCAUUGCCACGCUAUCGAGUAUAUCAAUGUAGCCUCAAAUAAUGCAGCGUCGCAAUAUCUGUUGACAGUUAUUAUAUGCAUACUCUCAUUCUCUCUAAAUUUCUAUCGCCUAUAUAAUGCAAUAAUAACUAUGGACAAUCCAAUAGAAAUCUUGGGUUCUGCUCUUAUAAUUACGUAUCAUUUAGUGAUCGCAUUUUACAGUAAUCAUUGCGGACAAUUAAUUAUUGACAGUAGUCUUGGUAUGUUUAAUGAAUUAUAUGCUUCUACAUGGUAUCGCAUUCCAUUAAAAGCGCAAAAAUUAUUAUUGUUUAUAAUACUGAGAACUUCAAUGGGUUCUGAAUUACAUUUUUCUGGUUUAUUCAUUCUGUCUUAUGCAGGCUUUACGUCGAUGAUGAGUUCGUCCUUAUCCUAUUGUGCUGUUAUAUAUUCAAUUCAAUAAAUAUAAUAGAAUAUUACUGGAAUAUUACUUCAGUAUAAGUAUUGCAAUUAUAUGAUAUUGUUAAACCCGUAGAUUUGAAUAACGAAUAUUUGUUAAAUACAAACAAUUUGAGUAAUAAUAUUUAAACAAAAUAAUGUAUUUCAUAAAUCUACUAAUCGUUUUCCAGUUACUAAAAUAUUUAUUGUUGCAAUAGUAUUUGGAAAUAAAUUUUUACAACACGAUUAAGUUUAAACUAUUUAUG